AGUCAACUCUUCUAGUACUCGAUCUAUAGCCACUCAUAUUUUUACUAAAGUCAACUAUUCUAGUUCUCAAACUAUCAAAGAUAUAGCAAAAACACCUAAAAGAACGAUUGGACGAAAAAGCGAUUUCGAAGAAAAGUUAAGCAGGAGACUUAUGGCUGAGACACUUUUGUCGUUUGGAGUUCAGAAGCUUUGGGACCUUCUUGUCCGAGAAUCUGAUCGAUUUCAAGGAGUUGAAGAGCAACUCUCUGAACUUAAAAGGGAUUUGAACUUGCUUAGGUCCUUCUUGAGAGACGCAGAUGCUAAGAAACAUGCAAGUGAGACGGUGAGAAACUUUUUGGAAGAGAUCAAGGAAAUUGUUUUCGACACAGAGGAUAUAAUCGAAACAUUUCUUCUUAAGGAAGAGCUUAGAAAAACGUCAAGUGGCCUCAAAAACACUGUGAGAAGGUUUUCUUGCAUUAUAUGGGAUCGCAGGGAAAUUGCUUCAGAUAUAAGAAGCAUAAGUAAGAGGAUCUCCAAGGUGAUAUGCGAUAUGGAGAAAUUUGGAGUGCAACCGAUGAUUGUCAAUGGCGGGGAGUGUUCACAUCCUCUACAAGAAAGACAAAGGAAGAUGCGAAAAACAUUUCCAAGCAAUAAUGAAAACGAUCUUGUGGGGGUGAAGAAGAGUGUUGAGAAAUUGAUUGGCUAUUUGGUGGAGGAAGAUAGCAUUCAAGUAGUUUCUAUAAUUGGGAUGGGGGGUAUUGGUAAAACUACUCUGGCUCGACAAGUUUAUAAUCAUGAUAGGGUAAAAAACCAUUUUGAUGGAGUUGCGUGGGUGUGCAUUUCACAACAGUUUGAACGGACUUAUGUGUGGCAAACAAUCUUGCAACAGCUUAGUUCAAAAGAUGAUGAGCAUGAAACGUCAAAUAUGAAUGAAGAGGACCUCCAAAAAAAGCUCUUUUUACUUUUAGAAACCAGUACUUCUUUGAUUGUCCUGGAUGAUAUUUGGAAUGAAGAUGACUGGGGCGUGAUAAACCAUGUAUUUCCAUCAAAAAAAGGAUGGAAGGUACUACUUACAUCUCGCAUCGAGAAUGUUGCAGUAAGUGUAGAUCCGAAGGGUACCAUUUUUAAACCAGAAUACCUAAACUUGGAUGAAAUUUGGACACUUUUUCUAAAGAUUGCAUUUCCUAGGAAAGACACAACGUCGGAAUUUGAAGUUGAUAUAGAAAUGGAAGAGCUGGGUAAGGAGAUGGUCAAACAUUGUGGAGGACUACCAUUGGCUGUUAAGGUGUUAGGAGGGUUGCUAGCUUCCCAACACACAUUUAGUGAGUGGAAAAGGAUAUCUAGGAAUAUUAAAUCUCACAUCGUUGGAGGGACAAGCUUCACUGAAAAAAAUAUGAGUUCGGUUUAUCAUAUUUUGAAUCUUAGCUUUGACGAGCUGCCUGUUUAUUUGAAGUAUUGUUUCCUCUACCUUGCCCAUUUUCCAGAAGAUCAUCCGAUACGUGUUUGGGAUCUGUCCUAUUAUUGGGCAGCUGAAGGAAUACCAAGACCAAAUCAUUACAAUCAAGCAACCAUUGAAGAGGUCGGAAAUGGAUAUAUAGAAGAUCUGGUGAAGAGAAACAUGGUUAAACGGGAUGUUAAUAGUCACUGGGGGUUUGAAAUAUGUCAGAUGCAUGACAUGAUGAGAGAAGUUUGUCUGCGUAAAGCUGAAGAAGAGAAUUUUGUACACGUUGUUGAUACUACAAACUCUCAGUCUCCUUGUCAAUCUCGUAGGAUAGCGGUGCCCUGGCUUGGUAAAACAUGUAAUCCGGGAGGAGAGAUGAUCAAUCCAAAACUUAGAUCUAUCUUGUUUAUGUGGAACCAGGUUUCUGGUUGUUAUGCAAAAUCAAGUUUAUGGUUUACAGGGCUACAGUUGAUAAGGGUUUUAGAUCUAUCGAGAGUUGAUUUUGGAGGAGAACUACCCUCUAGCAUUGUGAACCUCAUCCACUUGAGAUAUUUGAGUUUAUAUGAUGCAAAGUUAACUCGUUUACCUUCUUCGAUGCGGAACCUGAAGCAGAUGAUCUAUUUAAACCUAACUACACGCUGUUCGACCUACAUCCCCAAUUUCCUUACAGGGAUGCGAGGAUUGGGAUACCUCUCUCUUCCAGAGCGUAUGCAUGAUAAGACAAGGUUGGAAAUGGGUAAUCUAGUCAACAUGGAGAUGUUGGUUCAUUUCUCAACAAAGCAUAGCAGUGUGAAUGAUCUUCAACGGAUGGAAAAGCUAAGGAAUCUCUGUGUUUAUAACAAUGGCAAUGGGUGUACUAGAGAAACUCUAUUGUCAUCUCUACGUGAACUGACACACUUGGAAUAUCUUAAGAUCGACGGAAACGAGGAGCGUAGGUCUGGAAAGAUGAUUGAAUCCACUGGUUUUCAAUCAUAAUCUCCCUCAUGAUUAUCCUUUUCCUCUCUGGGAUGGUAACGACGAUCAUGACAGAGAGGGUUUUCAUGAACUCUUGCUGGUAUUAAAACUGCAUGUCUCUUAUCUCUUGCUUUGCAGAUUCAGAGAGCUGAGGCAUGUCAUUCUUGCAUUAGUACAAUUCUCUUUGUGUUGUCUUUUAUUUGUGUGUUACCAAAAGACUCGGCUUGACUGCUACAAUCUUUAUCUCUCUAUGUAACUUUGUAAAUUUAUAACUAUGCUAUCUGCUUUGAACUUGUGAUUUACUAUUUCUUA